AAGACAGAUAAAAAUGCCAGGUCUGAACUGCCUCUAGGGAUAACCUUCCCUCUCUAAUAUGAAUGAACAGCAUCUUGGCUGGGGUAUCCAAACCAAAAAAUUGACAGUGCAGGCUUGGUGUCUUCCUGAGGCCUUGUAUUGUCAGCAGUGGAGUGCUGGAUUUUCCGAUUCUGCAUUGAGAGGUGCAUUGGAUUCUAGACCUCCAUGUACGACAAUUUAUAUCUACAUGGAUUUGAAGAUUCGGAGGCGGGAUCAGCAGAUUCUUACACCAGCAGACCAUCAGACUCGGAUGUUUCUCUGGAAGAGGACAGGGAAGCCAUACGCCAAGAGAGAGAACAGCAAGCUGCAGUACAACUCGAAAGAGCCAAAACUAAGCCAGUGGCAUUUGCUGUGAAGACGAAUGUGAGUUACUGCGGGGCUCUCGAUGAAGAUGUACCGGUGCCAAGCACUGCCAUUUCUUUUGAUGCCAAGGACUUUUUACACAUUAAAGAGAAAUACAAUAAUGACUGGUGGAUCGGGAGGUUGGUUAAAGAAGGCUGUGAGAUUGGCUUCAUUCCAAGCCCUCUGAGGUUGGAGAAUAUUCGAAUUCAGCAAGAACAGAAGAGGGGACGUUUUCACGGAGGUAAAUCAAGUGGUACUUCUUCUUCAAGUCUUGGGGAAAUGGUAUCAGGGACAUUCCGAGCAACCCCACCAUCUGCCGCCAAACAGAAGCAGAAAGUGACUGAACAUGUUCCGCCUUAUGAUGUUGUACCAUCCAUGCGGCCGGUAGUAUUAGUUGGUCCGUCACUGAAAGGUUAUGAGGUGACGGACAUGAUGCAGAAAGCCCUCUUUGACUUCCUGAAGCACAGGUUUGAUGGGAGGAUAUCCAUCACAAGGGUGACUGCGGACAUUUCUCUUGCCAAGAGAUCAGUUCUGAAUAAUCCAAGCCGAAGAGCGAUAAUUGAACGUUCAAACACAAGGUCCAGUUUGGCUGAAGUACAAAGUGAGAUAGAGAGAAUUUUUGAGCUGGCUCGUUCUUUACAGCUGGUAAUCCUAGAUGCAGAUACCAUUAAUCAUCCAGCACAACUAAUCAAGACAUCAUUAGCACCAAUAAUUGUUCACGUCAAAGUGUCUUCUCCAAAGGUAUUGCAGCGGCUCAUUAAGUCCAGAGGAAAAUCCCAAAGUAAACACCUAAAUGUACAGUUAGUAGCUGCUGACAAACUUGCACAGUGUCCACCAGAAAUGUUUGAUGUGAUUUUGGAUGAGAAUCAGUUAGAAGAUGCCUGUGAGCACUUGGCGGAGUAUCUAGAAGCAUAUUGGCGAGCCACACACACAACGAGCAGCACUCCCAUGACUCCUCUUCUGGGAAGGAACCUAGGAUCUACUGCACUUACGUCAUAUCCAACAGCAAUCUCUGGAUUACAGGUACCAAGUAGUCAACGUAUGAGGCACAGUAACCACUCAACUGAAAAUUCUCCCAUCGAGAGACGAAGUUUAAUGACCUCAGAUGAAAAUUAUCACAACGAAAGAGCUCGGAAAAGCAAAAACCGCUUGUCUUCCAGUUCUCAACACAGUCGUGAUCAUUAUCCUCUUGUGGAAGAAGAGUACUCCGACUCAUACCAGGACACUUAUAAACCUCACCGGAACCGCGGCUCCCCUGGAGGAUAUAGCCAUGAUUCCAGGCACAGGCUUUGAGUUUUUUGAAGUUGAGAAAGAGUAGUGGUCACUGACCAAUUUGCUGUCCAAUAAGCUACAGUGCAUUGUUUUUUUAUGCAUUGCAGGUCAAACAGACAACAAAGAGGUCACAUAACUUGCAGCAACAUAAGGUAGAUAGAAUAUACAAAUCACUUUAUUUUGCCAGCUGUAACAGUAUCUACUGAUACUGUAUUACAGGCAAGAAACCAUAUCCAUAUAAAUGUAUACGUGUAGGUAGAAAUUGAUUGUGCCCUAAUCACAGGUCUUUUACUUUGACAUCUACAUUAGAGCAGUGUGUAUUGCACAUGUCCAUUUGUAGCCUAGGGCUUGGGUUCCUGACUAUCAUUCUCAAAAUCCUGGGCAGUUCACGUCUUGGAGGUCUACUCGCAGAGCAAAAUGAUGACUUAGUCAGUAGUACAGGGAUGUCUGUCAGAGGGAUUUCAUUGAUACAACCUCUGGUUUUAACUGCAGAGAACAUACAAGGUGUGCUAUCAAUAGCACAUGUAGGUCGGUCCAAGCCAGUUUACCAGCUGGUCUACCAAUGCUAGUUAGUCACCUAUCUAUAGCACGGUAGGUUGGUCAGGGUGACACAUCUAUAGCAAAGAGCAUCAGUACCCAUUUUAGAAGAUUUUGCAGGCAUGCACGGACCCAGACUUUUGAGGAUAUUAGCGGGGUACUUUUGUUUUAGGGUACUUGUCAAGGCACGUAUAGGUAUAAUUUCCUACACUGGGAAAUUCCAAAUGAACAGUUCCAGUUGGAACCAAUUUAUAAGCCAAUUCCUGUUGGAAUUUGGAUAAAUUGACUAGAAAGUCUACUUGAGCAUGUUGCAUUCACUUUAAAAUAAUAGCCUGGACAGCAUUAUGGUGGGUGGGUGGGAGAUAGAGCAAAGAGGAUGUUUAUUAAAAAAAUAAAUCUCUAUACCUUUAUUUUUACUAGAUAAUAUAAAUGCAUUUCUUCGCCAGGUUUCAUAUUAAUAUGGUAGAGAGAGUACUUAGAGCUCCAAAGUCAUUUUUACAAUGGUCCAAAAAAAAAUGUAUUUGAUCUAUUCAAAGUAGUUCCACAAAUGCUCAGAUGUUCCUUGAUUUCUGUGUUUCACUGAUAAAUGAGACCGGCAAUAACGGCAUGUCGGCUUGCAUUGCAACAGGUAUGCUUUGCUCUACAGUACUAUGAGAUUAUAUAGCAUUAUUCAUUUGCUAGUGCAGAAAGCUAAUUUAUUAUUAUUAUUAUUAUUAAUUGUAAAAAAACACACAUGAUUUGUAAGUUGCUGUGUAUUUAUAAAGUAGAAAAGUCAGAAAUCAGGAUUAUGUUAAUGUUGAAUGUCAAGAUUAGCCAGGCACUAUUGGCUGCAGUGAAGAAUAAUUAACUUGUGCUUAUUGGAUUUAAGCAUAGAUGAGUGCUACCUUAAAGUGUGUCUAUGGCUACAUAUGGUGAAGACGGCCAUCUUGUCAGCCAAAUGCAUAUUAAUCAGAAUGAAGACUCUUAAUGCACCAGGAAACGUUUGGUAACUUUCUUGAGGGACUAGUUCUUGGGAUUUGCACCUUGAGGCCCAACUAGCCCCCAUGAGGGUACUAUUCUCAAUGAAUUGAUGGGGUGCAUUUUCAGUGAUGUCUAUGGUUCCUUCCUAGCCUGCAUUCCAAUCCACAUUGGUUCCACCCACAAAAUGGCUGCCUCCACAGUGUGUAGACAAUAGGUAUAUUUUAAGAAAGGCUUAUUUCAUAAUGUGAAAAUGCAAAAAAUCAUAUAUGUUCUGUCAUCCAUAGGAACAUAUCAUGUUGUAUAUUGGCUUUUAUCAGUCUGGAGCAGACUGAAAAGGUAUUGGUUUCUAUAUGGUACUGUACAGGGAUGGGUGCUAUUUACCUGGUGGCCACACGCCCAGGAUUUAGCCAUGUCUCUCCCAUCACCUAGGCCUGUCAUUGCUCUCUAUAAGGCCCUGGUACUGUACAUUUGUUCUGUUUGCAUAUCAAAGGUGAAUUUAUGAAAUGAAAAGUGUCAUGUCACUUUAAGAUGAUGAUGAUGAUUGAUUAUUAUUAUUAUAUACCUAAAAUAUUAUUUUCUUGAUCAUUUGUGAGAACUGGUGCUGGGCUGUGAACCCAGCAGGCCGCCCACCUAUACAGAAAUGUUAUGAAAUAAGCCUUCAUGUCUCGUAUUAUGUAGGGCCGCAGCUCAUUUUCGCAUAACAUAAUUAACUCUUUCUGUAAUUGUGAUUUGUGUGGUUGUACAGAAACACUAAAAAGUCAUCUGUUUUUCUAAUCAUAUAUUACACUUGGUGCUAAGUGCCUGGCUAAACUAGAGAUUAUACUGUUUCUGGCAUUAUAUGUGAUGUAUUUUAUUUCUCUGGUUGACCGCUGUCACAGCAUGACAAUUAUUUUGGGUUUGUAAAGAAAACAAAAAAAGAAAUAGUUUUAAAGUAUUAGAAAGUAUGAUUCUUUUAUACAUAUGCAAAUUAUUUUCUUGCUGUCCUUGGAAUUUAUAUACUUGGCAACAUGUUUGAAUUCACCAUUAUACGAACGAGUAAGAGUCUGUAACUAAAGUCCAUUGCCACAUCCACCAUUUUAGCAGCUGCUUUUAGUUACAUGCAUGAAAAUAGGUAUUUAUAAAUAUAUUAUGCAUCAGGGCUAAAAUAUUGACAGAAUGCUCAACAACAACAUCCUAUAUCGCACAACACAAACACCUCACGAAGUGUAUAGAUACGGAACAUGGUGACUCCUAACUUGGUGCAGGUUUUUGCAGGAUCCCCCUAUGCCCAAAAUAUAAAUAAGCAUCAAUGGCAUACUUAAAGCAGAGAAUAUCUAUAUUUUAGAAGAUAAUUUUUGUAGAAAUACAAAUGCAUUAUUAGGGGUACAUUUACUAAAGCUUCUAAAACAGAGAAUUGGUGCUAUUGCCCAUAGCAACCAAUCAGAUGCUAUCAUUUUCAAAAAGGUAAUAGAGAAAUUAUAGACAGCAUCUGAUUGGUUGCUAUGGGCAAAAUCACCAAUUGUCUGUUGUAGAAGCUUUAGUAAAUUUACCCCUUAGUUACCAAUAACUAAGGCGCAAUUUGCUCUACUACUGGGUGGUAUCUUAUAUUUGCCCAGAGAGUUUCAAAAGGAAUAAGCUAGACAAUGCCUCCCCUUCACUUUAUCCUUGCAUAUGGUCUUAUUGAAAAUGGGAAUGGCUAAUUCGUAUGUGCUUACAAUGUCCACCCCUCCAGUAAUAUGACCCACCUUGACUGACUUGUUAAUUUACCAGAUUCUCUGGACCAUUUCUCAGUGCAAACGCCACAUCUUAUUCAUUUGUAUCUAUAUGUAUGACAAAUGAAAAUGUGCCUGUCACCCACACACACAGUGGAGGCAGCCAUUUUGUGGUCUUAACUAAUAUUCAUGCCAAUGAGGCACUUACUAGGCACCGAAUUAAACCACUGCCUCAUCAAUAUUGCUUGAACAUUGCUGAUGAUUUCCCUGUUUCUUAGUAGACUGACAAAAUGCAUUGUCAUGAAAGCCACUUCAGCGCACAUAAUGGGGGAUAUUCAAUUGUUUGAAAAGUCAGUUGGGUGUAUGUUUUUUCCUGGCUAUUAGCUAGGGAAAAACAGACACCCAACUGACUUUUCAAACAAUUUAAUUCCCCCCACUGACUGCCUUCACAGUGUGUUGUCAUAUUUACCUACUUCAAUUUGAGGGGGCUCUCCCGGAUACCCUGAGAGAGUAGGCUAGUCUCCCACAUGACACCAACUACCUGAGUUAAUUGUGCAGUCUGGGGCUUCAUGAUGCACUUUGCUUUGAUUCACAUUUUCAUGGGCGUACCCCUUGCUUUAUGAUGCCGCGAUCAUGGUGCCACACCCCAUAUGCCUAUACCUGGCUCCCCCCUACCCGGAGGGGUAACCUGGGUCAUUGCAAGUAUGGGUGACAGGUGCAUUUUAAGUUUCCAUAUAUUUCAAUGCUGGAUGUUUUAUAUUUUUCUAUAAAAAAAAGAAAAUUUAGCUGCAUGCCUCCCCACUGUCUUGAUGAGGACAACUUUGUAUAGCAGAGCAGCAGUGAACAGGUGCUGUGCACACUUGCCAUGGUGUGUGUAGCAUCAAAGGCUGCUUUUAGUAGAGAGCAACGUGAUGGGGCGGCAUAGAAUGCGGGAAGUGCUAGACACAACUCUGUGACGUGUGUUCUUGCCCCCUUCUCGUGUAAGUGCUGUUUUCCCAAUUCCCUACCUAAAAGUAGGAAGGAAUUUGGUCACCAGAGAUUACCUACUUUCUAAGUUCACAAAAGUUUGUUAUCAGCUGAUCCAUAAAAUAGAUUUACAGAGGAAAUUAUAAAAUUAAGUCAUGUUCUUGAAUACUUCAUUCAAAGGACGGUAUUCAAUUGUUUUGCACGCCAGUGAUGUCAUGACCCCUCAGUGAUAUCAUGACACCCAGGGAUGUCAAAACCCCCAGUCAUGUCAGGAGCUAUCUUCUGGAAUUUAUAGAGCUUUCCACCAGUUUUGGGGGUCUGUGUGGGCUUUUCUUUUUAGGACAGUGCUGGUUGUAUCACUGGAAAUGCUGGAUAUGUAUUUUCAUAGAUCUCAGACUACAAAGCCACUGGCCUUAUAAAUUCAUCCAAAAAUAUAACGUAGUGUUUUCUUUUUGACUGUACAAAUUCCGUGUCAUAUUGGUGACCUGUACCUAAGGACACGGUGUCAGCAGGUAAACUGGCUACCAAACUGCUCCUCCUGCCUGCCAGAGAUACUGAGGAGCAGGAUCUGUUAGUACUUGACAGAUAGCUAUUCAAAACAUUUGAAUACCGUCCUAAAUCAUUGUUACGCCUUGCAUUGAUGUAAAAAAAUUGUGAAAUUAUGUUUUUAAAAAGGGUUGACUUACUACUAAUAGACAUUAUUAUGUAUUUGCCAGUCAUGAAGUGGGUGAAGGUACAGUAGAAUGACUUCCUCCUGUAGGCUUCUACAGAUACGUCUCUUGUAUGCCUAUUAAUAUAAACCCAAUUAGUCAUUUGAUAAUUAUUAUAUACAGUAAAUAGAGUAAAAAUACGGUGCUUUAUACUGUAUAUACUUAUACAUAUAUCGCAGCACGUAAACAUGAUAUACAGAAAUGUUUAUUUGCUGUAUGUAUCAAGACAGAGCUGUAAGUCCUCAUAUUGUAGCACAGACUAUAGAGAUUGAAAGGUAAUGCUGUAAAAUGCCUCACAUGUGUAGAAUGGCUAAAGAUACAGUAAUAUUUGCCUUAAUUGUAUUUUUAUCAUAUCAGUAGCACUCCAGCACUGCAUACGUUAAUGAGGUUUUUCUACACAGUCAUGUGACCCACUGUAGGGAGCGCUACCUGCAUGUACACAAACCUGCCCACACCUCCGCUAUAUCUCCUAUGAGAGAUGGCUUGAAAUGAGCAAUCGUUUUCUUUUUGCUUAUGUCCUUUCUCCAAAGCCUUGUAGCGGGCUUUAAAGGUGCAUGCAUUUUUUACACUAAAUUAUCUAAGUAGAAUAUUGCUUUAAUCUUUGCUUACUUAUAUUCAUGGACAAAUAAAUGUGCAAUAGUAACACAAAGUCAAACUUUCAUCUAACAUACAUUAAAGUGUAUAUAUCAGCUCUAAUAUGAGAUUAAGAAAGAUUCUGAACCUGUCUUAAAACAAAAUCACUGUUUCAGCCUCAUCCCCACUGAUGUCCUAUCCCCAACUUAUGUCAUAAACCACAAAGAUAUCAUGACACCCAAUGAUGUCCUAACCCCAGUGAUGUCAUGACCCUGAGUGAUAUCAUGAAGCCCAGGGAUGUCGAAACCCCCAGUCAUGUCAGGAACUAUCUUCUGGAAUUUAUAGAUCUUUCCAGUUUCCACCAGUUUUGGGGGUCUAUGUGGGCUUUUAUUUUUAGGACAGUCCUGGUUGUAUCAAUAGAAAUGCUGGAUAUGUAUUUUCCUAGAUCUCAGACUACAAAGCCACUGGCCUUAUAAAUUUGUCCAAAAACAUAACACAGUGUUUUCUUUUUGACUGCACAAAUUCCAUGUCAUAUUGGUGAACUGUACCUAAGGCCAUGGUGACAUCAGGUAAGCUAGCUACCAAACUGCUCCUGCUGCCUGCCAGGUACACUGAGGAGCAGGAUCUGGUGACUAAAACCACUUUCAGACAGAAAUGUCUGAAAGUCCCAGCAAUCACCUGGCAUUGAAAUACGAGUAGUUUUGCCGGUCCCUGCCUGACCCCCCUUUCACACAGACAAGUAAAUUACCGGGUCAAGAAUUUCUACCUGGUAAUUUGCAACACGGGUAUUUUGUCUGUGUGAAAGGGUCAACCCGGCCCGAAAUUCCUCCGGCUCCAACCCUGGUAAAUUCCUGGGUCAAUGUUUUUCAGCAAAUUACCGGGUAGAACUUCUUCACCCGGGAAUUUGCCUUUCUGUGUGAUAAUGGGAAUAAGACUUGACAGAUAGCCAUUGACGCACAGACAGUCAAGUGAAUUGACUGAAAAGACCCCUUUGUCUUUAAUUGAACUAUUCUUUGCCAUUACCCAUUGCCAUGUCAGACCAGUUUGCUGAUUCAACGGGUACAAUUCCGAUGUAGAACCCACAUUAGACUAGAACGUCACUGGCUGACUUUAGUUACAAAAUACAGUGAUUUUAUUCAUUUGUAACAGUAUUUUGGACAGGAGCAGCUUGGUGCAUUCCAUAGGCUGCUAGCACACUUUCUUUUCAUCUGAGUUUUGAGACACACGAACAAUGUGAAUAUUUGCCCAGUCUUACAUGUUGUAUGGAUGUUCCAAGAUCAGUACAUGGUUGGGAUAGAUUGUAUCCAUAGCAUGCUGAGAAUGAUAGCUAACAUCUGCAAUGUGGAACAGGAACUUAGAUCAGUAGCUUAUGCCAGCAAGUAAAAUAUUGUGAGCAAUGCAGUUGUAAGGUUCCAUUUGUCCUGCAUGAGAAUUAUCAGAUUUUUUUCUCCAUCUGCCGCCCCCCUUUCAUGCAUCUGACAGAAAGAGAAGUGUACAAACAUAGCAUAAAAGUCUAAUUUCACUGCUGGGCUUAGAUUCGUUUCUGUGUUAAAUUCUAAGCGAUUUUUGUGUUUUUGAAAGUGGUUUCAUUGUCUGGUGUGCGCCUGGAAGUGCACUUUCCAUACUGGCUUAGGAAGGUGCACCUCAGAAAGUAUAGUCCCAGCUGCUAGGUGCAAUUUAUAGACACGAUAAUAAAAUGCAUGUUUAUCCAGUUGUACAUGUUCUAUUUCCAUGUUUCUGUUUGGAUAAAUGUAGUCCAUAACAAUGCUGAGAAUCACAGGUGCCCGCUGCAAUGUAGGGCAGGAAUAGAUGUUAUCAGUAAAUUAUGUCAGCAAAUGUCCUUUUACAUGACAUAGAGAAAAAUCCUAUGUAGCCCUUUCUGCGCAGAGUAUGCCACCUGAUGUCCUACAUAUCACAGCCAUAUCUCAGGUCUCUGCAUAAACAAUUCUGUUUACAUAUGCAUGUGUGUGUGCAUGUACAUAUAUAUAUAUAUAUAUAUAUAUAUCAAACAAUUGAGUCGGCACUCGCAUAACCGACCAGCCAAUACGUCGCUUGGGGGCCCUCCAUGAAGCUCCAAACUCCAGCAUGCACACACAUAGAAG